GAGGCGGGUCCGGGUCCCAGCCUGCUCCGCGGCCACGCAUGCUUCCUAGCCGGCUCCCGGGGGCGCUUUCCAGCCCGCUGCCUCGGGGCUUCGCAGCCCGCUGCGGCCGGGAUCGCGGUGGCCGAGCCCCAUGGGGUGAAGGGCGGAUGGCGGCGGCCGCGCUCCAGGAUGGAUCAAGUGGUGUUCGGUAUUUCCUGCACUGGACUGGGCAGACUGGAUUCAGAAAGCACAGAGGCUCAAUACUGAGGCAUAGACCAUAGACAUUUCCUACUGGAGUAAGGCACCUGCGAUGGAAAAAGAAGUGUUCUUCUAGUCCCAGGGGAAGUUUGAUUCUGAUUACUAGUGUGCUUUUUAAAGAGAGUGCCAGUAGUUCUGUCUUGUGGAUAAUUCUACAACAGGCAGGCAUGUAAAUAAUCUGGAAGAAACAUCUAUAUCUUAACAACUGACGAUACACAGGACAAUGCACAGUGUGUGUCCUGAUGACAUUCUGUGUGCUGCAACAUGGUUCUUGUCAUGGCAUCUGAGACCGAAAAGGCCCAUGCUCUUCUCCAGACUUUCAGCACAGCGUCAGUUAUUUCCAGUCUAGGUUUGGGGAUAUUCUGCUUUGUGGCAGACAGACUCCUGCAGUUUUCCUUCAUUCAGCAAAAUGACUGGCUCCGAGCCUUAUCUGAUAAUGCAGUGCAUGGUAUACUGGGGAUGUGGUCCUGGGCGAUAGUGAUUGGACUCAGGAAGAAAAGUGACUUCACUGAGGUCACCCUGGCUGGCUUUCUUGCCUCUGUCAUUGAUGUGGACCACUUCUUUCUUGCUGGGUCUCUGUCAUUAAAGGCUGCUCUGACUCUUCCACGGAGACCACUUCUUCAUUGUUCUACUGUGAUUCCUGUGGUGGCUCUGACAUUAAAGUUUAUCAUGCAGCUUUUCAGGCUUAAGGACUCAUGGUGCUUUCUUCCCUGGAUGUUGUUCAUAUCCUGGACUUCUCAUCAUGUCCGUGACGGGAUUCGUCAUGGCCUCUGGAUCUGCCCGUUUGGAAAAACUCCUCCCUUGCCGUAUUGGCUGUAUGUGGCGAUUACAGCAUCUUUACCUCAUCUUUGUUCAUUUAUUAUGUAUUUAACGGGCACUAGAGAAUUAAUGUCCAUAAAACAUGGCAUCCGCAUUGAUGUAUAGGAAUAAUGGCUUUUAAAGGUGGUUUGUGGUAGCACUUGAAAUAACCUGCCUGUCUGUCACUGAAGGGUUUCCUUGUGUUUCCUGCACCUUCUGAAUUAGGCAUUUUAAGGUUGUGGAGCUAAUUACAGCUCUCAUGUCAAUUCCUUGUGGUCAUAGAACCUAUUUAAUGAAUGAUAAUAAUUUUAUAUCUGUCCAUUUCCCUUGUACAGUGUGUGGUCUUCCAUGAUAGUUCAUGCAUAGCGAGGCUGAUUAUAAGGUACUUAGUUCCUCUCGGUAGUAAUUACAUUACAUUUUACUGUUAUGGUGCCAUUCGUUUGAUCACCAUUCACUUUGGAUUUGUAUUCUGCCUCUGGAGAAUACAUUUCAUCCAGAAGUAUUUGUAUAGCACUUUAAAAAUGUGAAGUUCUAUAUAAAUGCUGGGUAUUAUUGAGGAUUUAAUAGUGUAUGGCAAUUCUAAAAAAAUCCCUCAGUUAGCCUUUCUAAUUUAUUAAUAUGUUAGGAGUUCUGCUGGAUUUUUGCAUUCAAUCCUUUUAAAAGAAAUACCACCUGUAUUUCACACUGUCUAUCCACACCUCUUUGAACCUGUAAUCACAGUGUUUUACUAAAUUCUGUAUCCCCCUGUAGUUGCUUGGUACUAAAUUUGCAGAUAACUACUAGCCUCAAAAUUAGAAAGUAGACAGAUUGGUUAUAGUAUUAUAACUAUAAUAGUGUGUUGGCCAAUUUGAUUAACUUUUUAAAAUGCGCUAAUUAUGAAUACUGUUUAAUUUGAAACCAAGGAAUUUUAGUAAAUAUUUAAGAAUUGUGUGAAGAUUCAGGGAGACACAAGAAAAUAAAAAUUUCUUAUAAUACAGGCUUACUUAAAGACAUUACUACUCAGUAAAGCAUUUUCCAUUAAGUGCACUAUCAUCCCCAUGAGUGUAAAAUAAAAUGCAUUAUUAUCAUUAUUAUUAUUAUUAUUAUUAUACAGAAAUAUAAAUUUCUUCAUAAAGAAGAUCCAUAAGGAAAAGUGUUAUUAUGCUGCAGUUUAUGAGGUAGUAAUUUGCACUAUGGACUAUUCAGUUUUCAUUUAUAGACAUCUCUCAGAAAGAGUCCCUAAUUAAAAGUUGUCUAGUCUUGUCUAACUAGACAAGACUGUCUAGACUUGUGUAGUUUAUGAUGUACAAGCUGAGAAUGUCUAUUAAUAAUUUUUAAAUUUUUUAUUCACUGCCCAUUAAAGAGAUGGGGCCUUAACUACUCCAGCUUGUGAUGAAUAGCUGUUAAAGGGGAUCAUUUUUAUGGAACUGCAUGUAUAAGGUAGCAUGUGUUUAACUUAGGUUACUAAGGGGUGUAAGAGUUUACAUGAUGUGUACAUUUACAUUAUUAAAUGUAUAUUAGAAUAAACUUUAAAAAAAUAUUAAA